AUGCAUAAACUAGAAGAAAUCCUACAAAAAUGCACUCUUGCACGUAAAUUUGAUGAAAUAUACAAGAUUUACAAGGGAACUGGUAAGAUCAUGAUUACGUUAGGGAAUACAGGGUGCGACCAAGAUUCAUUCAUUGGGUCCUGUGUGCUGGGUCUGAUGGAGAAUCGAGUUCCUGUGGUAAAUAUUUCAAGAGAAUUAUUUGAAUACAAAGAAGACCUGUGCUAUGUGACUAAGCAGAUGGGCUUAUCCUUGGAUGACUUGGUUUUUUUGGAGACAAAAGGAAAAGACAUUUUUCUUGUAAGAGGCAGAGAUUCUAUUUCCGUUAAAGAAACAGAAAUUAAUGCAUUUCUUGUUGAUUUUAGUAACCCAGAAGAAGAACUUCUUCAAAACAAAAAUUUUCAUGUAGAGAGAAUUCUUGAUCACAGAAGUAUAAUAGAGGAAGAAAGAGUAUUUCCUCAUGUUCAAGGCAUGUGGAUUGACCUGCAUGCUGGUUCCUGCUGUACGUUAAUAUUUCACUAUAUACAGAUGUAUUAUAAGCCAGAAAUUGAUCUGAACCCGGGAAAUUACCAGUUUAUGUUUCUUCUAAGUAUCCCUAUCCUUACAGACACGUCAUUCUUAACGGAAAGAACACAUAAAUUAGAUAUAUCUGCGAUUGAAGGAAUACUAAAAAUGACAAAAGUACCUAUAGACAAGGCGAAAGCCAUACACUCUACAAUAAAAAAGAAGGAAGAAGCAAAAUGCACUGGAAGUACUCGGAUUAUUAUUGGAAUGCGGAAUAAGAAGUAUUUAUAUCCAGACAAAUCAAAAAGGUCUUUUGGAAUAUGUUCAGUUAAAUACGGUUAUAAUGAGUGGAUAGAAAGGGAUGGAAAAGAGAGAUUUUUGAAGGAAAUAGAAGAGUUCAGAAAGAGUCGAAAUUAUGAGUUCUACAUUAUAAACUCCAUUGCAAAUGGUAAGAGAGAGUUCUUUAUAUAUGCACCCCCAGGCAAUGACUUUGCACAGAAAAUAUUAUUUGAUGGGAAAGAAGUCUCUAAGCGAGAGAUAAACAAUGACCCGGAAUUGACUCUAUAUGAGACAGAUACAUUCUUUGUAGGGAAGAUGAUUAUCCCAAAGAUCCUAGAAUAUCUUAAAGAUAAGAAGGAAACUGCAGAUAAUUCAUAA